AUGGCAAAGGUCUCCAAGAAAAACUGGGCCACUCCCGAUGGAGCGUGCACUAGCUGCCGUGCCCGGAAGAUCAAGUGUGAUAGAGAGAAACCCCAAUGCAGCAGCUGCCUUGGGGAUCAACAUGAAUGCAUCUACUCCUCCCCUCCAAAGAGGGUCAACCACAUUAAAGUGCUAUGCGAGAGCUUCGAUGAGAUCCAGGAUCGCUUGAUCACCAUGGAGAAACAGCUGUCCCGACUGACCGCGACGCUCGGGAAUCCAAAUGCCGCAGAGCAGGGUGGUAUUCUUGAAAAGGAAUCCUCCGUUCCAAAUUCGACCAGCUUUGGUCAUGUAGUGCGGGAUACUGACGGCCAGAUCGAGCGCUAUCAUGGCCCCUGGACAUUACUUGCCCAGUGUCGUCAACUUGAAACUGACCUGAUGUGCUGGCCGGAAGUCAGCACCCUCUUGACCCGAAUGGUGCACGAUACAAUGAGACUGUCGUUAGACUCCUUUUCUGCAGGAUUGGCAGACAUGAAAAUGUGUCUGCCACCACGGCAGCUCUUGUCCGUCAUGGUGGAGUGCUUCCUGAAGAACGCCGACUACGCCACGAGUAUCUUUGAUCAUCAAUCUCUGUAUCACGCGAUUGACCGUGUGUAUCAAGACCCUGCUAACCCAGAAGAGAAGCCUUGGGUCCUGUGUUUCAAUCUCAUCAUCCUGCUUACCCUCGGAGCGGAACAUCCCUUGCAGAGUGAAGACCCAUUCGUAAGGCCCAUGCUCCAAGCCGUUCAUGUGGCUGCAGGGAACUCGAGAUUAUUUAUGGAGCCAAGGCUCGUGAGCGUUCAAGCCCUGGCUUUGUUUAGCCUUUUUGUGCAGCAAUGCUAUACCGACAAUGAAGCCCUUGGUGACUCCAUAUUUGCACAAGCAUGCCAAUUGGCCCGUCAGAUGGGAUUGCCCCAGCCUUAUGGGUGCACGUCCAACUCCAUUCUAACCCCGGUCGAGGUAGACGAGCGACAGCGCGUGUAUCAGUCGCUGUACAUUCGCAAUCGAUAUUCCACCACCGCGUCUGGCGGUCUCGUAUGGUUGCCCAACGGCGUAUCAUCUACAGGUACCGUCACAGCACUUGCAGUACAUUGGGAGCUUGCAAAGCUGCAAGAUGAGGUACACCGACUACUCGGGGCUCCCGAUCUUACCUCGUCAGAUCGUCGCGCUGUGGUGGCCCAACUUCGCGAAAAACUCAAGCUAUGGCAGGAAACUCGCCUAUUGCCGUCACUUCUGGAGCCAAUGACUGUGGAUCGUGUUGUCCUUUAUUUGGGCUUCUUGGGAACUCGCAUGUACAUCGGUAUGGAGAGUAAAGAGACAGACAGAGAGGAAGUCCUGGAUGAUUGCCGACUCAGCUGUCUCCUACUCAUCGUAUCAUGCACACAACAACAGAAUCCGACUUUUCAAAGUCAGCUCCAUGAUCUUUUGCAUAAGUUGAGCUCAUCGCGCGAGAAAUCAGAUAAUUUGUCGCAAUCAUCUCGAGCGUCUACCCCUUCAUCCUCCUCAUCCUCCUCUCAUUCUACAAGUGACAGGCUAGCGCAACUUUCUCCAUUGGCAGAGACAUCCUCUACCAAAACUCCGCCAGCCACUACAUCCCCAUUACUUCCACUUCAUCGUCUAGCAAAGGUGUUCCCCAUCACCGCUAUAUUCAUGCUCGGACGACAUAUUCUUGGCGUAUCCCCCAACGGCAAAUCUUCAACCCCAUUCAGGACAGACACUGAUAAUAAUUCGGACAUUUGCAUCCUCAAAUCUUUACUACUAUGCUUUCAAAGAAGCCCACCCUUUCUCGGGGUCAACAGCCAGCCUGAUUCUUGCAGCUACAGACUUGGCCAAGCUCUCGACCAUCUAGUCCACAUCAUCCACACCAUGACCUUCCAACAGACCUCCCCGAGGGCUUUAGUCUCAAAAAGCCCAAAUCACCACAUGGAAACAAACGAGCAUAUCCCCAGAGACUUCACAGCCUCACAAAGCCUCCCCGAGGUCACCGACCUGUCUCGCUUCUGGUACGCGAGAGAGAUGACCGGACAUACACCCAUGGACAUCUCCAUGUCCGACUUCCAGUCUGCGUGGACAGCUCCACAAGACUCGCUCAGCUCAUCAACUAUGCCGCUGCUUUCUUCCGACAGUUCAAUCUACACACCGGCUAUGGAGCCGACGCCCAUCAUGUCAAUGUCAAACACACCCUUGGAUCUUUCGGAGUUCUUUAGUGCUGAAUCGGACGGCCAGGACGGAUGGAAUGUUGUCGGUGAUGUUUCGAAUAUUAUACAACAGAUUAGACCACCUAUAAAGAGACGUCGGACUAAUGAGGAUAAACUGGAUUGA